GCUUUGUAGUUUGCAGUUUACUAACGAUGAUUGAGGAUCAGUAAGAUCAGUUGCAAGUAAUAAUUUUUCACAAUGAUAAUUUCACGAGGAUUGAAUUUAUUAAGAAUUGGCUAUAGAAAUAGUCAAAGUAAAGUUUCUACGACGAAUUUACGAUCCGUUAGAUUAAGUCAUGAUGAUUAUCAUGGGACAUAUCGUGGCCAAAUCCCACCAGUAGAAAAGAUAUGGCUAUAUGGAGCUGAAAUUAUGGGAGGUGUUAUGUGGUGGUGGGUAUUAUGGCAUUUCUGGCAUGACUUUGGUCAUAUUGUUGGAGAAUUUCCAUAUCCAGAUCCUUCUAAAUGGACAGACGAAGAAUUAGGUAUACCGCCAGAUGAUUAUGAAGAGCCUGCGACUCGUGUAUAGUUUCACAAGUAUGUUAUAUGAAGAUGUGAGUACCUCAGUGGAUCCAGUAAAAGCAACUUUACGAAUUUCUGAAUGUUCAGCGAUAGCUGCACCAGCAGUUGGACCGUAACCUGGAAUGACAUUUAUAACACCUGCUGGAAAUCCUGCCUCUUUAGCAAGAGCGGCUGCGUAAAGUGCGGUCAAAGGCGUUUGUUCUGCUGGUUUUAAGAUUAAAGUGCAUCCAGUAGCCAAUGCAGGGCCCCAUUUCCAAGCUAACAUCAUGAAGGGAUAAUUCCAAGGAAUAAUUUGUCCUACAACGCCGAUUGGCUCUCUUCGUGUCAAUGUAACGUUAGUAUCGCCUAGUCAAAUAAUAAAUAAAAUUGCUUAUAUUCU